CAGCCACUGAAUGGAGAAGAAGAAGAUAAGACCACAAACGCAAAUGGCGAGAAAAUCCAGGACCUUGGCUACGUACGACUCACCCUUGAGCGAGAAAGAGACGGAGUAGGAUCCCAUAACAGCCUCCCAAACCACCCAACACAUCUCUCACAUUCAUAUCACCAAACAAAGUUAGUUAACAAUUCAAAUGACUAGUGCAAUAACAAAACCAGAAUGUUAACAUUCCCGAGCAACCCACAACAUCAUCGUUAAUGGCGAAGCCAUAUUCCAAGAGCUCGGACUCAUCCAAAUUCCCUCGCUACUGCCUCCCCCUCCUCGUCUUCCUCGUCCUCUUCGCCUUCGUCUUCGUCAUCAACGUGGACACCUUCGUUUCUCAUGCCAAAGACAUUGCCCGAGGCCACAGCUUCCAUGAACAGACCCGCUUGUUCAUGAACGCCGAAGGCGGAAACCUUCACCGGGAAUUCGAAAUCACUUGGGGAGAUGGCCGGGCCAGAAUCCACAACAAUGGCGGCUUGCUGACCCUGUCCCUGGACCGGGCCUCCGGCUCGGGUUUUCGGUCCAAAAACGAGUACUUAUUCGGGAGGAUAGAGAUUAAGAUCAAGCUCGUCGCCGGGAACUCGGCCGGAACGGUGGCAACUUACUAUCUGUCUUCGGAAGGGCCGACGCACGACGAGAUAGACUUCGAGUUCUUGGGGAAUUCGAGCGGCGAGCCUUACACUCUCCACACGAACGUGUUUAGCCAAGGCAAAGGCAAUAGGGAGCAACAGUUCUUCCUGUGGUUCGAUCCGACGAUGGAUUUCCACACUUACACCAUCCUCUGGAACCCUCAAAGGAUUAUCUUUUACGUCGACGAGACGCCGAUCAGAGAGUUCAAGAACUUGGAGAGGCAUGGGAUUCCGUUUCCGAGGAGCCAGGCAAUGCGGGUUUAUUCGAGUCUGUGGAAUGCCGAUGACUGGGCGACGAGGGGCGGGCUGGUGAAGACGGACUGGACGAAGGCGCCGUUCACGGCGUUGUACAGGAGCUACAAGGCGGACGCUUGCGUGUGGUCGGGGGAGGCGUCGUCAUGUGGCUCACAGGACUCAAACCCGAGUGAUAAGUGGUGGAUGACGGAGGAGCUGAACUCGACGAGGAUGGAGAGGUUGAGAUGGGUGCAGAAGAAGUACAUGGUGUAUAAUUAUUGCGUGGACAAGAUGCGGUUUCCAGAGGGCCUCGCUCCAGAAUGCAACAUUUCUUAGUUUUCUUUCUUCUCUUGAAUCCGUUCAUGUUCUAUCUUCGUUUCUUUUCUUUUCUUUUCUUUUCUUCGUAGGUAAGUAAGUAGCUUACCAGUUAAAAUUAAUUAAAUUCUGUCUAUUUCCCGUUAAUUAUAGCUGUCAGUCUGUCAGUCAAUGAGAAAAUUUUGUAAUAAGGCUGUUGGUCAAUUGAUACUAGUAGCUAGCUAAUAUUGUUGUUUUUAUACGUAAUUUGUGACCGGUGGCUGUGGCUGGC